AUGUCUGAAAACACUCUUCAUAUUACUGCAAAUUCUAUUGACCCACAAAUAUCUGUGUUUUGGGGAUGGAAAGAAGGUGGAAAAGUUAAAACAAUUAAAAGAAGAUGGUUUGUUUUAACUACAAAUAAAUUGUUUUAUUUCACCUCUCAAAAUGCUACAGAAGCAAAAGGCUGUAUUCAAAUUUCUCCUUCAACAAUAAUUAAAGAAAGAGAAGACCUUCAUGUUGCUAAGGAAAAAUAUUAUGUUUCAAUAAAUUCUUUCAAUGACAAGGGACAAAGAGAGUUUUUAAUUUAUGUAUCAAAUGACAGAACUCUUCAAAGCCAAAUCAUUCAGCCAAUAACUAAAAUGAUUCAAUCUUUUAAAAAAUUCGUUCCUUCUGUUAAAGUUAAUAAGAUUAAUAUAUCUCAAAUCAAAAUUCCUUCAAAUGUCGCUUCAGAUAUUGUCUAUUCACCAAAGGAAAAAACAACUACUUGGUCAACUGGCAGACCUUCAUAUUGUAAGACUCAUAACUUUUCUUUAACUCCAAGACAAAGAGGAGGUCCUCAAACUCCUUUGUUCCCUUCAAUAAAAUUAGAUGAGUCAAAUUAUUAUCCUCAUUCUUAUAUUGAAAUGUUAGAAAAAUUACAUGAAGUUACGAACUCAUUUGAAUGGUUUAAAGAUUGUGGAGAUUAUUUCUUUAAUUGGUUUAACACAGUAUUAAAAGAUACUAACAAAACAAAAAGGACUGUUGAAGUUUAUGUUCAACACGAUUUAAGAGAACUUACUUUUAUUAUUACUGGUAGUAUUUCUGAUAUCAUCUUCAACUUGUUAGAUUUUUGUUAUGAGCAAGGUUUGUCUCAAAAUGAAAUAGAUUUAUUAGACGAAAUUUCUAGAUAUGAGUCUUCUCAAAAUGCAUCAGUAUGGAUGGAUAUUACAGCAGAUUGUGAAACAGAUUGGGGGUGGAUGAUUCAUGGAUGUGAAAAGCCAAUAUUAAGGAGAGUUUGUGUAAAUUUAAAGGAAGAAUGUGAGAAAUAUAGUGAGUGGUUGAAAAGCAUUGAAAGUAAUUCUAUUUCAAUGGGAAGAAACUCAAACACAGAAUUUAAUGUGUCAAGCUUUGAAGUAAAAUGUGAAAAGAAUAUGAGAAAAAAUCUUCAUCAAAUGUUUGAAUUAACAGGAGAAUUAUUACCUGUUAAGUUAGUUAAUGCAUCACUAGAAAGUUGUGGAGAUUGUUUUGGAAGAGUUACAAUGAAUAAAAAAGCAUUUGUCCAAGCAUCUGUUUGUAUGAGAGAUAUUAAGCAAGAAUUAAUGGAUAGUUUAUGUAAUUGUGUAAGAGUAAAAGAUGAACAUAUAAAAAUUAUUGAAAACUUAGAAACUAAACUAGGAAGAAUCAACAGUGUUGUCUAUCAAUUUCUUAAAAAUAAUAUUAUGAAGGGAACACCUAUUGAAGGAAUGUAUUUGGAAGGUAAUACAUUACAUUUUGGAUUUAUAUUAGGAAAGCUCUAA